AUGUCAGAACUCAACGAACCACUUGUCUGGGAAAGGAAGGGAAGGGAGCCAAGCGAGCAAGCAGCAGCAGCAGCAGCACCACCACCACCACCACUACCAUUAGCAAGCAGGCAAGCACAACGGCGGCGGCCGACAUGCAAGCGCGGCACAAGUAUCUUUUGCUAUGUUGUCAAGGAUUAUACACCAUCACCGGGGUCCAAGACUCUGGGCAUCCGUUGUUGGACCAUGGAUGGCGGAAUGGACGGCGAGGUGGACUGA